AAACCAAAUGAACAAUGAGGCUGGUCCGAGCGCCGUUAAGAGCAGACGCCUCCUCCCAUUCUCCGCCAUCCUCGUGAGAACUUUGAGCCCUACCUGCGCUCCCCUCAUCUCGGAAUCUCCGCCUCGACUCGAAACGCGCUCCUGUCACCGGAGGCUUGCAUGCAUCAGUGCCAAGAAUUUGCACUUCGCGUAGACUACAGCAAAGCAGACACAGUGACCUUUCGGGAGCAUGGAGGUGGGAGCCCAGCGCGGCGACAUGCAGAAGAAUCGACGCGGUGACGAUGCGUCCGGAAAAACACGUGCCUCGUCCUAUUCCAGUCUCAAGUUGUUUCUGGUGGCUUUGUCCUUUGCCUAUUUUGCGAAGGCUCUGUCAGGAAGCUACAUGAAGAGCACCAUAACUCAGCUGGAGAGGCGCUUUGACAUUCCCAGUUACCUAAUAGGCAUCAUCGACGGAAGCUUUGAGAUCGGUAACCUGUUAGUCAUAGCCUUCGUCAGUUACUUUGGUGCCAAGCUCCAUCGGCCAAAGAUCAUCGCGGCGGGUUGCGUGCUGAUGUCUAUCGGUACCUUCAUCAUUGCCCUGCCGCACUUCAUCAUUGGGCGUUAUGAAUUUGAGUCUUCGGCGCGCUGGGUCGUGAAUUCAAGCCUUAGCCCGUCGCCGUGUUCCGUGGGCUCGACAUCUGACCUCAGCCAGGAGAGUAAAUUACUCGAAGUGGCAAGCACAGAUUGUGAAGGAGAUUCCAACCUGUCCAUGUGGAUUUAUGUGCUCCUGGGAAAUGUCCUACGAGGGAUCGGCGAGACUCCUGUUCAACCCCUUGGGAUCUCCUACAUUGAUGACUUUGCUAAUGAGGAGAAUGCUGCUUUGUAUGUGGGUUGCGUGCAGACCAUCUCCGUGGUGGGGCCCGUCUUCGGCUACCUUUUAGGCUCCUUGUGUGCGAAGAUUUACGUGGACAUUGGAUUCGUAAAACUGGAAACGAUCACGAUCACCCCGGCAGAUUCCCGCUGGGUGGGAGCCUGGUGGUUGGGCUACCUGAUCGCCGGUGUCAUCACCCUCCUUUCCGCCAUUCCAUUCUGGUUCCUACCACGCUCGCUGCCGAUCCCCGGCUCGCGCGGCCCAGAAAACCCAGAGCAGACCAGUUUUAUUAAAGACUCUGCCCCCGUGAAGCACAAUUAUCCAGCGGAAGAGCGCACCAGUUUCAUAGAAAUGGCCAAAGAUUUUAUUCCAACGGUGCGGAGCCUGCUGGGCCACCCCGUUUAUUUGAUUUACUUGUGCGUGACAAUCAUCCAGCUCAACUCUCUGAUCGGCAUGGUCACGUACAAACCCAAGUACAUCGAGCAGCACUUCAGGCAGUCGGCCUCGAAGGCCAACUUCCUAAUGGGCGUGAUUAAUAUCCCCGCGGUUGCGCUGGGGAUGUUCUCCGGCGGGCUCCUGAUGAAGAAGAUGAAGCUGAACAUCAUGGGGGCAGCCAAGUUUGCGUUUGUCACCUCGUUCAUCGGCUACAUCCUCUCGUUGUUCUUCUUCGUGAUGAGCUGCGAGAACGCCAAGAUAGCCGGAGUGACGCUGCCGUACGACAGCAUGGAGGGCAUCUCGUACGACAAGCACUCGGUUUUCACCGCCUGCAACUCCAACUGUUUUUGUCCCGCAAACAACUGGGACCCGGUCUGCGGCGGGAACGGCAUCACGUAUGUUUCCCCCUGCCUUGCCGGCUGCACCAGCUCCACCGGUUCGGGGAAAAACACAGUCUUCUCCAACUGCAGCUGUGUCGGCGCGGCUGCCAACUCGACAGCCAACGCGGGUCAGUGCCCCGACAAGGACGACUGCGACAGGAUGUUCCCGUACUUCUUGGCCCUCUCCGUCAUCACUUCGUUCAUCAUCUCCCUGGGAGGAACGCCGGGCUACAUGCUUCUCAUCAGGUGCAUCAAACCACAACUAAAAUCAUUCGCCUUGGGAUUCCACGCUCUAGCAACUCAUACACUCGCCGGAAUCCCAGCACCCAUUUACUUCGGCGCCAUCAUUGACACCACGUGUCUAAAAUGGGGUCAGAAGCGCUGCGGUGGAAGAGGAGCGUGUCGAAUCUACAACACCACAGCGUACAGGAUAGCCUACCUGGGCCUGACUCUGGGCCUGCGGACCAUCUCCUUCCUGAUCUGCAUCCCGGGCUUCGUCCUGCUCAGCCGGCAGCUGGAGGAGGAGGAACACGACGCCCUCCGCGGAGCGCUCGCCAAUGGCGGGACCGAGCUCGAAGCGCUCAGGAAAGAGGAAUUUGUCAUCUCGAAUUCCGAGACUUUGAAAAGAACGUCGGAAAACGGUACGGAUCGUGAGACGCGGCUUUGAUUUCCUCCAAACAACAAACAACAACAAAAAAAAAAAACAAGACCUCUCAGGACCGCCGACCUCCUUUUUUCAUCGCACACGCAGAUGAACAAACAUAUCUACACACAAACACACAUACAUUUGCAGGGAAUCAUUAAAUCUGAAUAUUUAAAGUCUAUAUUUACUACUUCAUAUGGAUUUGAGAGACAUUUGUUAUACUGUAGCUUAAAUACUUGUCUUGAAUGUAUUGUAGUUGUUUUUCUAAAAAAAAAAAAAAUGGGUAUCUAUCUCUUUUUAUGUAUAGAUUAUUAGUGCCACACUGACGAGAAAUACAGCAGCAAAGAAAUGUGAGUAAAAAUAGAAUAAAGUUGUCAUAUGAAGGGUCGGGGGGAGUCAGUACCAUGUGAAUAAAAUCAUUUUUAUUUUAAGGAAAAAGUUGUAAAGUGAGAAUGAAGUUGUAAUUUUUAUUUUUUUUUUGUUCACUCUGUAGAGAUCAGACAUGGAUUCAUAGAUGAUUAGUUUUUGUUAAAAUGAUUACCGAUUAGUGAACAAAUGAGGGUUUGUUUGAAAAGAGGGAUUCAUACUUGUUUUCCUUUUUUAAAAAACAUUUUUUAUUGUUCUCAUGUUAGUGUAAAAUGACUGUUUUUACUCUGAAUUACAACUUUAUCCUCGGAAUAUUUUGACUUUUUUUUUUUUUUUUUUUUAACUGCAGGCUUGGGCAUAUUACUCGUGCGACACGAGUUACAGUGCCCGAUCUGUUUUUGCUUUGCGGCGAGAGUUUUUACAUACUCCCUCCAUUGCAGUUUGCAAGGCACGGACAAAAAAACGCAUUUGGGGAAAUAUUGACAGACUUUAGAAGGUUUGAGAGAACUGAGCAAAACAGAACAAAAACAAACAAAAAAAGAACACAACACAAAAACAGAAGAACAACAACAUUGGGCAGGAUUUUCGCCGUUCACAGUGGAAAAAAAAAAAUCAUCACUUGUGCCCCACUAGUUCCAUCCAUUUACUUAGCUGCUUAUCCUCACAAGGGCGAGUGCUGGAGCCUAUCCCAGCUGCCAUCGGGCAAGAACGCGGGGUACACCCUGAACCGGUUUCCACCCAAUCGCAGGGCACGUAGAGAAAAACACACCCAGGGGCUAUUUAGAGUGUCCAAUUAAUGUCGCGUGUUUUUGGGAUGUGGGAGGAAACCGGAGUGCCCGGAGGGAAACCCACGUAGGCACGGGGAGAACAUGCAAACUCCACAAAGGCGGGGCCGGGACUGUGCCACCCCCCCCGACUAGUUCAUUGCUGAAAAUACAAAUUUCUCCAAGGCCACGCCUAGUCUGCCGUAGAAUCGACAUCUCCCUCGUGAGAAGACUGAAAAAGCGUUUUGUGAACUGCAAAGCUCGCGCCAGACUCUGCGAGGAAGCGACACGUACAGUCGACAAGUAGUACAGGACCUGAUAGGACCAGAAAAGCAGCCCGUGGAGGCUACUUCCAGGACAGGGACCCGUUUAAAGAAUUUGAGUGACAGGACGGUCCGGGAAGACAAAAGGGAUAACAAAGGACUGGGUGCAAAAAUGAGAGCGACAGAAUCGCACCAGCCUCCCGUGCGUCAUCGCGCGCGCAUGUGAGUCAUCGGCGACGUCAAGACUCGAGGACGAGGGACGGGGGGGGGGGGGACUCGUGGGGUUCGACGGUGUCGACUGGGGAGCGCUGAGGAAAACGGGACACCACUUAGGCCUGAGUGUAACUGCAGGGGUAGAAGAGUGCAAGGAACAGCGUUUAACGGCACCUCACCGCCAGGAAACCCUGAAUGUAUCGUACUGGGGAAAGAAAAAAAAAAAAAAAAGUGCCUUGCUAUAUGGCGGUUGUAAACUCUGCAAAUCGUUAUAUCAGAGAAUCCGGGGAGGAAGCCAGAAGAAACCUGAACCUCAGAACUGAGUCAGACUUCCCGACCGCUAGAUCUGCAGGGUGCCCGGCGGACUCGUAAAACACGAAUUCCUGAUCGCCGUCUCACGUGACUCGAUGCGCUGAUGUAGCCCCACCGAAAUAGUUUUGACCAAAAAGAUGGCGUCCAAAACGAGGAGCGAUUCCAGGCAGUGCCUUGCUCCGGAAGCAGCACACAAAUUACGUUCAUAUCUUCAUCUUUCGUCACCAUGGCAAUGCCUUACUGCCAUCGCUCGCCUUGUGUUGCGCGGCGGUCGCCACGCAAUACGUGCCAAACGCUGCCCUCGGCUCAACUGUGACACAAAUAUUUUAUUGAUAUUGCCGACGUGUUUUUAGCUCUACCUCGACGACGUUAAGACUUUACGCUCGUGACUUUGUUUUGCGGAGAAACUGACACACAAACCCCAACGACGACAGACGUGACUUUUCUCAGGUGUUUUAUUGUUCAUUUUUUUUUUUGGGGGGGGGUGAACAGACUAAUACGCAUAGCCAUUAUACAUUCAGAUUAUGUAUAAAAAAAUGCCCUCAUAGGUGUAGAUAUUGUUUUUGUAAGACUUUCUCCCGAUUGGGGUUACGCUGUAGGUUCAACUGUAUCGUGCGUCUUUGAAUUCAGCCGCAUCAGACAAACGCGUUGAGUGCGUACACGAGAGCGGCAACAAAGUGAUAAGAAUGUACAUAAUUUUUAAGGAUUAUUUUUGUAAAAAUGUCAAAAAAAAUACAACUAAUAAAACUUUUUAAUACCCAAUCCAAAGAUGUCUUGGGGUGUAUUAUUUAAGAUGGAGGGUUACAAAAAAUAUAUACCGUAAUUCCCGGCCUACGAGCUGGGACUUUUUUUUCCACAGCCGCCGCGCGAGUUAGCAUUAGCACUGCUGCAUUAGCGCCACCAUGUUAGCGUUAGCACCGCCGCGCUAACGUUACCACUGCCGCGUUAACGCCUCCGCACUAGCGUUAGCACUGCCGCAUUUCCACCGCCGCGUUAGCGUGGCCACGCUAGUGUUGGCACCGCUGCAUUUGCACCGCCGUGUUACCGUUAGCAUCACUGCACUCGCGCUAGCACCGCCACAUUAGCGCCGCCACGUUAGAACUCCUACGCUAGUGUUAGCACCGUUGUGCUAGCGUUAGCACUGCCGCGCAGGUGUUAAAUUCUUUCUGCGUACCGAGGCUUAUCACCAGGCGCGCUCUGUAGGCCGAUAAUUUCGGUAUAUAUUCCACAUCUCCACGACAGGCACGUUUGCCGUACAUAUUUCCAUAUAUACACACACACGUAUACCCCAAUUUUUGGUGCAUUUCAGACCCAAACCAUAAGAACAAACAACUUUUCACCCAGUAAAACUGUCACAAAAACACUCCCAAAACAACAAAGUUUACCUCUUCCAUAUUUUACGGGGACACACUCAAAUUAAGACAAGGUCAAAAUGGGGGAAUUACUUAAUGUUGGAAUUCGCGACCGUAAUAGCACACUGCUAAAAAUUAGUACAUACAAACGCCCCCC